AUGUCGAUGUUCGCAGUUGUCCAACGAGCCCUGCCCUUCUCGUCCUUUCCCAUGCCGUGGAAACGACAACAGAGCCCAGUUCCUAAAGAGACAAAAGAUACAAAAGAAGAAGAGGGUAUUGAACCAACAGAGUCUACCCUGAUCAGGAGGGAUCCUGCAUCCCUCCCCCCCGGCCCCGACCCGGACCUGCAUCGUGACGUCGCUCAUACCCUGCAUGUAGCGGUGAAGCAGCAUGUUGAUCCCGCGAACCACGCGACCCAUGAAGAUGUGAUCGAAGUCUGCAAGGACGACUCGGAAAUAACUGCCGAGCGCUUGUCCUAUCCGCAGACACCCAAGCAGCAGCAGUCCUCCGUUCGCACCCGACUGGCGCGCGUCGUCAGCUGGGCGAAUAUUGUUCCCAGCCAGUGCCGUUGGACCAGCGAGCAAGAACGCGAGCUGAAGACCGCGCAGAGACAGCUUGCGCGGUGUCAAAAGGCGUGGAGCUCGGAGCAAGAACUGUGGUUGACUUAUAUCGAAGCCCUAACCGACGAAAAAGAGGCCCAUGAUGAUUUCCUUCUUCAGCGAUCCAGACAGCAAGAAGAGGAGCGGAACCAGUUCCGCAAGGCGUGGAAACGGCGUCGGUCUGUGGAGAAGCAGGUCCAGCGACAUAAAGACGCGCCGGUAAAAGUUAGGGUUACGGGGCUAGGGAGGCUGCGCCGGCUGCAGCGGUAUAGCUAUCUCGGCCCGAUGGCGACGACCGGGUCCGCGGCUGUGGCGUGUAGAGGGUGA